AGAAAAAGAAAAAAAGCGGGAAAAAGCAUAGAAAUCUAUCUCUUCUGCAGCAGAACUGUGGAAGAUUACUGUAAAAACCCAGGAAAAUGGAGGGUACUUCCGUCAUUCCUCCGGCGAAGCGCCUCUUCGACCCAUCCACCACCGUCCGAUCUGAAUCCAACGACCAGAACAGCGGCCGAUCAUCCAAGCGCCGGUCCACCUCCUCCUUCAAAUCCCCUCCUCUGCCCCUCACUCCGUCUUCUGGCGAAACCCUCUUCCGGAUCCUCUGCCCGUCCUCCAAGACUGGCGCCCUCAUCGGAAAAUCUGGCUCGAUCAUCCGCCGCUUCCGGUCCGCCACCCGCGCCAAGAUCCGUAUCGAUGACCCGGUCCCUGCUUCCGACGAGCGUGUCAUCCUCAUCGUCGCGCCUUCUGCGUCGACUCCGUCGGCCCAAGACGAUGAAGCCGGGGACAAGGCAGAAGUGGUGGCGUCGCCGGCUCAGCGGGCGCUGGUGAUGCUGUUCGAUCGGAUGGUGGAGGUGGAUGAGGAGGAGAAGGAUAGAGUGGCGGAAGCUGUAAAUAAGGGGAUCGUUGUGUGUAGAUUGUUGGCGCCGAGCAAUCAGGUCGGGUGCGUCUUGGGGAAGGGCGGGAAGAUUGUGGAGAAGAUAAGAGAGGAGAGUGGGGCUCAGGUUAGGGUUCUUGCAAAGGAUCAGAUCCCAGGAUGUGCGGCUGUGGGGGAUGAGCUAAUUCAGAUAACUGGUAGUGUUUCAUCUGUAAGGAAAGCUCUCUUGUCUGUUUCAAGUUGUCUCCAGGAUAACCCUAGGUCGGAUGCAACCAACUUUGUGGGUGCCAAAUCGUUAGGGGUGAUGCUUCGGGGAGCUGGUCCGGCCGCUCAAGUGGACCCAUUUCCUCAAAGGGGUUAUGUGCCCAGUCCCCGUGCCUUAGAUUAUCAUUCAAGGGGUUAUUCGUCAGUCCCAGGGCCAGACAGUGCUGCACUAGGCCACAGGCAGGUUCUGGAAGAAGAGGUUGUAUUUAGAUUGUUAUGCUCAAAUGAUAAAGUUGGUAGUCUGAUAGGAAAAGGUGGCACUAUUGUUCGGGGUUUACAAAAUGAAACUGGUGCCUCGAUCAAGGUUUUAGAAUCAGUGUCUGAUUCGGAGGAGCGAGUCGUCGUGAUAUCUACAUUGGAGAAUUCAGAACUAAAACGUUCUCCUGCACAGGACGCUGUGAUUCGCGUCCAUUCUAGAAUUGCAGAGACGGGAGCUGAGAAAGGUGUUGCAUUUGCUGCACGGCUUCUUGUACCUUCACAGCAGAUAGGUUGUUUGUUGGGUAAAGGAGGCAGCAUUAUUGCUGAAAUGAGAAGAGCAUCUGGAGCUAGUAUCAAGAUUCUUGUGAAUGAGCAAGUCCCUAUAUGUGCUAUGCCUAAUGAUGAAGUUGUCCAGGUUAAUGGUAGUUUGCAGUCUGUUCAGGAUGCUCUAUUUCAUAUCACAAGCAGGCUUCGAGAGAUGGUCUUUCCGAUGAAAACUCAUCCAAGUGUUGGCUUGGGGGAGUACUUAUCGGCAGCAUCCGAGCUACCACCCAUUAUAUUUAGACAAAGGCAUGAGCUGAUCUCUCCUGGGCGAUACCCUUCUCUCAGGCCUCACGGGCUAGAUCGCUCAACCAGUCUCCCCCAUACCAUGGAUCGCCAGCCUGCUCCCUCGCAUGGUAUAGAUCACCUUGGAGGACACGCCAAUGUUGACCGAGUUCCCUAUCAUUAUGGUGGCGAAAGAUCGGGAUAUGGUCCUGCCUUUGAUCACCCCUCACCUCCAAGGUCAUGGGCUCCCCAGUCAACAAACGGUGAGAACCCAAGAGGCAUUGCCGAUAUCGAAACUGGCUUGGCUACUAGAAGUGGGCCCAUUGGAAGCGGAAGUCAGGCAACUGCAGUGACAAGCACCACAGUUGAAGUUGUAGUUCCUAGGACAUUGUUGAGGUUUAUUUACGGAGAGAAUGGUAGCAGUCUGAAUCAUAUCAGAAAGAUCUCGGGUGCUACGGUGACAAUUCACGACCCAAGGCCUGCGGCCACAGAGGGAACGGUUGUGAUAUCUGGAACACCAGACCAGGCCCAUGUUGCUCAAACCCUUCUCCAAGCUUUCAUCCUCUGUGGACAGACUACACCCUGAUCAUCCCAAGUCAGUAUGAUUCUCUCUGCUUAAUGUGGUUUUUGCUGAUACCAUCAUGUGGAUUUUGCAUAAAUGGUGGGGUCGGCUUCUGCAACAGAAGGGGUUGUUUGGAGGGGCAUGUGCUUUGCGUGUAUAGCAGGUGAAAUGGGGUUUUUCGCUAUUGGCAGAUUUAGCAAGCCAUGGAUAUUUAUAUCUGGCCAUUCACUGCAAGAAACUAUGAGAAGCCAUCUGAAGUUCUAUGUAAAUUGGAUAGGGAAAAUACUCAUCAGAGCUGUUUGUGAUCUCUUAUUUCUGCUGAGCUGGAAAUUUCUGACGUCCACAAAAUGCGGGCUCUCUGGACUUCAUCAUCAUCUCCCAUGCUAGAAACGGAUUGCUAGUGGGGAGAACUUCUGUAGAAGAGAAUGAUCACAUCGAUCUUGCUACUGGGUUUGAGUUUUGGAGAUUCAAAUGAUUGCAUCAAUGUUGUUGCUGGAUUGAGUUUUUGAGAUUCGAAUGAUCACGUCGAUCCUGUUGCUGGAUUGAGGUUUCAGUAUUCUUGGUCUGUAAAUUUCCCACCUCAUGGAAAGAAAAGGAGCAUUUUCUCUUUGGAGGAUGCAAAAAGGGUGUA